GGUGUCCUUUGCAAUUUCCCUCACUGUGUCCAAUUUCUGGUAGGUUAGUCAAUCCACUAGUUCCUUCCUCUUGAUUAGGAGUGAAGAAGUAACCACCUCACGGUGACAGGCGCAUUUAGGACCCAGAGGCGUGUGGUCAUCUCCAUGGCGACAGGCAGCCUGAUUAUUCUCAACUGACCUGGAGACUCUGGAAGUUGCCUGGGACUGCUGAGUGUGAGGGGGCCGCAGCCUACGCAACCGCCUGCCGUGCCGCGUGGGGACGGCCACCCUCGGAACCUUCGCCUCCGGCCCACGCUCCCGCGCGGCCCUCCCCACUCCGUCCACCCUUCCAUUAUUUCUUCUCCGUUUUUUUUUUUUUUUUUUUUUUUGACCCCUCAGGUGAGCGGGGCCUCUCGACUAAGCCUCCCUACCGUGACGUAACCUGGGAGAGGGCCGCCCCGCCCGCGGUGUGACGUCAUCACGCCGCGCGGCUGCCGAUCCCGGAGCUUGGAGUACCACAGAGACUGCUCCGCAGCGGCUGGUCCGGGCGGCGGCGGUGGCGCUCCGGCUGCUCAGCCGCCUGUGAGCCCCGUGUCCAGCCCUUCGGCUCGGGCGGCCACAGAGCCCAGAUAUGAUCUUUCAUGUAGCUGUAUUGUCCAAGGAUCCCUCUGUUCUUCCUUCAUAGUGCUUGAUGGGCGGCAUUAUGGCCCCUAAAGACAUAAUGACAAACACUCACGCCAAGUCCAUCCUCAACUCAAUGAACUCCCUCAGGAAGAGCAGCACCCUUUGUGAUGUGACACUGAGGGUGGAGCAGAAAGACUUCCCUGCCCAUCGGAUUGUGCUGGCUGCUUGCAGUGACUAUUUCUGUGCCAUGUUCACUAGUGAGCUUUCAGAGAAGGGGAAGCCAUAUGUUGACAUUCAAGGGUUAACUGCUUCUACCAUGGAAAUCCUGUUGGACUUUGUGUAUACAGAAACAGUACAUGUGACAGUGGAGAAUGUUCAAGAACUGCUCCCUGCAGCCUGUCUACUUCAGCUGAAAGGUGUGAAACAAGCCUGCUGUGAGUUCUUAGAAAGUCAGUUGGACCCUUCUAAUUGCCUGGGUAUCAGGGAUUUUGCUGAAACUCACAAUUGCGUUGACCUGAUGCAAGCAGCUGAGGUUUUUAGCCAGAAGCAUUUUCCUGAGGUGGUGCAGCAUGAAGAGUUCAUUCUGCUGAGUCAAGGAGAGGUGGAAAAGCUAAUCAAGUGCGAUGAAAUUCAGGUGGAUUCUGAAGAGCCAGUCUUUGAGGCCGUCAUCAACUGGGUGAAGCAUGCCAAGAAGGAGCGAGAAGAAUCCUUGCCUGACCUCCUACAGUAUGUUCGGAUGCCCCUGCUGACCCCCAGGUACAUUACUGAUGUGAUAGAUGCUGAGCCUUUCAUCCGCUGCAGUUUACAGUGCAGGGAUCUAGUUGAUGAAGCAAAGAAAUUUCACCUGAGGCCUGAACUCCGGAGUCAGAUGCAAGGACCCAGGACAAGAGCCCGUCUAGGAGCCAAUGAGGUGCUUCUGGUGGUUGGGGGCUUCGGAAGCCAGCAGUCUCCCAUUGAUGUGGUAGAGAAAUAUGACCCCAAGACACAGGAGUGGAGCUUUUUGCCAAGCAUCACUCGGAAAAGACGGUAUGUGGCCUCAGUGUCCUUGCAUGAUCGGAUCUAUGUAAUCGGUGGGUAUGAUGGCCGUUCCCGCCUCAGCUCAGUGGAAUGUCUAGACUACACAGCAGAUGAAGAUGGAGUCUGGUACUCUGUGGCCCCUAUGAAUGUGCGACGAGGCCUUGCUGGAGCUACCACACUGGGAGACAUGAUUUACGUCUCUGGAGGCUUUGAUGGAAGCAGGCGUCAUACAAGUAUGGAGCGGUAUGACCCAAACAUUGAUCAGUGGAGCAUGCUGGGAGAUAUGCAGACAGCUCGAGAGGGUGCAGGACUAGUGGUGGCCAGCGGAAUAAUCUACUGUUUAGGAGGAUAUGAUGGCUUGAAUAUAUUAAAUUCAGUUGAGAAAUAUGAUCCCCAUACAGGACACUGGACUAAUGUUACACCCAUGGCCACCAAACGUUCUGGUGCUGGAGUAGCCCUGCUGAAUGACCAUAUUUAUGUGGUGGGGGGGUUUGAUGGUACAGCCCACCUUUCUUCUGUUGAAGCCUACAACAUUCGCACUGAUUCCUGGACAACUGUCACAAGUAUGACCACUCCACGAUGCUAUGUAGGAGCCACAGUGCUUCGGGGAAGACUUUAUGCAAUUGCAGGAUAUGAUGGAAAUUCUCUGCUGAGUAGCAUUGAGUGUUAUGACCCAAUCAUCGACAGCUGGGAAGUAGUGGCCUCCAUGGGAACCCAACGUUGUGAUGCUGGCGUGUGUGUUCUCCGAGAAAAGUAACUUAUUUGAGCACCAGCUGGAGCUAAUGACUACUCCACGGAACAGAUUGUGGGAGAAUCAAGGAUCCUUUCCAGAAUGUUUAUUUCUCGCUGUGUGCACAGGCUGACUACAGGCACCAGUGCUGUGA